AUGUAUGUUAAGAUCGAGACGUCAAGAUUAGACUAUUUUCGUAGCAAACAACAACAUAUUCGAUCUGAGUUAUAUCAAGAUAUUGUUGAUACCAUUACACUGGGGGAAACUAACGCUUCUAAUGUUGGAAAACGGAUUAUUCUGCCUUCGUCAUUUAUUGGGGGUCCAAGAGACAUGCGAAAAAGAUAUAUGGAAGCAAUGGCUUUAGUUCAGCGUUAUGGUAAACCAGACAUUUUUUUAACAAUGACAUGCAAUCCAAAUUGGCAAGAAAUUUCAAAUGAAUUACGCCUACAUGAGGAGAGUCAAAAUCGGCCUGAUUUAGUUGCUCGGGUCUUUCGUGCAAAAUUAGAAGAAUUAAAGGAUCGAUUAUUCAAGCAACAGAUAUUUGGAAAAGUUUCAGCAUAUGUUUAUGUUAUUGAGCACCAAAAAAGAGGCCUUCCACAUGCUCAUUUUCUAAUUAUAUUACAAAGAGAUUGGAAACUCUAUGCGCCUGAAUCUUUUGAUGAGAUUGUAUCGGCAGAAAUACCUGAUAAAAAUACGAAUUUGCACUUGUAUAACGCCGUUGUCAAGCAUAUGAUGCAUGGACCAUGUGGAGUGUUGAAUCCAACAAAUGUUUGCAUGAAAAAAAAUGGUUAUUGCAAAAGCCAUUAUCCAAAAAAUUUUGCAUCAAGUACGACUGUUGGAAAUGAUUGCUUCCCAAUAUAUAGGCGUUCUGACAAUGGAAUAACUGUCAAAGUGAGAGGUCAUAAUUUGGAUAACCGUUGGGUCGUUCCAUAUAAUCCGUAUUUGCUUGCAACAUUUGACUGUCACAUUAACGUCGAGAUUUGUUCUACUAUAACAGCAGUCAAAUAUCUUUAUAAGUACAUUUACAAAGGGCAUGAUCGUGUUGCUUUCAAUUUGGUUUCUGAACAAAAUAAUCAACAAAUUGAUGAAAUCCAACAAUUCCAAUCAGCCCGAUGGAUUGCUCCGCCUGAAGCUAUGUGGAGAAUAUAUGGCUUUGUUGUUAAUGAAAUGUACCCAGCAGUGUAUAGCUUACAUUUACAUCUUGAGGAUCAACACCAAGUAACUUUUCGAGCAAAUGAAGACUUAAUCAAUGUUCUCAACUCUGACCGGUCUGCAAAAUGGAUGUUAACAGAAUUCUUUGCAUUAAAUCAAGUGGAUGAGAAUGCCAGGACAUUGUUGUACAAAGAAUUUCCAGAAUUCUAUGUUUGGAGCCAACAAUACAAAGAGUGGACUUGUCGAAAAAAGAAAACUGUUAUAAGUCGAAUUAUUACAGCAAAUCCAUUUGAAGGUGAGAGGUAUUAUCUGCGGAUAUUGCUAAAUCAUGUAAGAGGACCUUUAUCAUUUGAAGAUCUUAGGACAGUUGAUGGUGUUGUGGCUCCAACUUUUCGUGAGGCAGCAACUAUGCAUGGUUUGCUACAGAGAGACAGUGGUUUAGAAGAUUGUUUACAUGAAGCAUCUCUAUAUCAAAUGCCGUCCAGUUUGAGACGGCUAUUUGCAACUAUAUUGGUUUAUUGUAAUCCAACCAAUCCGAGAGAGCUUUGGGAACGUUUUGAGCAAGAUAUGUCAAUUGAUUUUAGGUCAACUGAAGAUUCUAUGUUGACUGUAAGAAUGCAAGUUUUGCGCUCAAUCUCUUUUACACUUGAAUCAAUGGGGAAACACAUUAAUUCAUUUCAUCUUCUUGAUGACGACAUUUGUUUUGAUGAAGACCAAUUCGAAUCUAGGGAAAUCGAUGAUGAAUUGGCUGUUGAAAUUCCAGAAGAAGAUACUGCUGCAUCAGAAAUCCUUAAUAGUGAACAGCGACAUGUCUAUAAUUCAGUUUUGGAAAAUGUUUUUUCAAACAAAACUGCUACAUUCUUUGUUGAUGGCCCUGGUGGGACAGGGAAGACAUUCCUGUACAAGGCACUUCUCGCUGCAGUAAGAUCAAGAAAAUUAGUGGCACUUGCAACUGCUUCAUCUGGUGUUGCUGCAUCUAUCCUUCCUGGAGGUCGAACAGCACACUCGCGCUUUAAGAUUCCAUUAGAUACUGAUGAACAUAGCAUGUGUUGUGUCAGUAAACAAAGUGCCAUUGCAAAGCUACUACGUGUAGCAAGGUUAAUUAUAUGGGAUGAGGCCCCUAUGUCAAGAAAACAACACAUCGAAACUUUAGAUAAAAUGUUACGAGACACCUAUGUCAAGAAAACAACACAUCGAAACUUUAGAUAA